GGGGCUUGGGCAUUGGAAAGAGAGAAGGCAAGGAAGGCAUGUUGGAGAGGCACAAUCUCAACCAUUCAUAAUGGCACUUUUCUUUUUUGUGUAUUUUCUGUCAUUUCAUAUUUCAUCUGUGCCACCUUUUUCCCUUUAAAAACAAAACCAGAAGAAGAACCACUUUCUACUCCCUACUCAUGGCUUGUCUCAGCCACCACCGCACCUGGCCGGUUCCCUCCGACAUGCUCCAACGCUUCCCCCAACCCUCUCCCUCCUCCGCACAUCGCAUCUUCCCCGUUUACGCCAUGGGCCUACCCGACCCCAAUCCUGGACCCGCCUUGGACGCCUCUGACCCCAUUUGGGAUGCUGUCAGAGACGAAGCCAAGUUCGAGGCAGAGAAGGAGCCUAUUCUCAGUAGCUUCUUGUACGCUAGCAUUUUGUCGCACCAUUGCUUGGAGCAAGCAUUGGCCUUUGUUGUUGCCAACCGUCUCCAAAACCCUACUCUCUUAGCCACUCAGCUUAUGGAUAUUUUCUCCAAUCUCUUUAUGCAUGACCAAGCAAUCCAGCGAUCCAUUCGCCUCGAUCUCCAGGCAUUUAAGGAUCGGGACCCUGCUUGUUUGUCCUAUUGCUCUGCGCUUUUGUAUAUGAAGGGUUACCAUUCUCUCCAAGUCUAUCGAGUAGCACAUGCAUUGUGGCACCAGGGACGCAAAGUAUUGGCCUUGGCCUUGCAAAGCCGUGUUAGUGAGGUUUUUGGAGUUGACAUUCAUCCUGCUGCGAAAAUUGGGGAGGGAAUUUUAUUAGAUCACGGGACAGGUGUGGUUAUUGGUGAAACUGCUAUUGUUGGGAACAGAGUUUCAUUGAUGCAUGGUGUAACAUUAGGAGGCACAGGGAAGGAAAUAGGUGAUCGUCACCCCAAAGUAGGUGAAGGGGCACUAAUUGGAGCAAGUGCAACUAUACUUGGGAAUAUUAGGAUUGGUGAAGGUGCCAUGAUAGCUGCUGGCUCCCUCGUGUUAAAAGAGGUCCCACCCCACAGCAUUGCGGCAGGAAUACCGGCAAAAGUUAUUAGUGGUCUACAGGAGCAUGAUCCGUCUUUAACAAUGAAGCAUGAUGCUACAAAAGAAUUUUUCACACAUGUAGCUACAAACUUCAGAGAUGAAAAGCCCAGUGGAGCUCAGAAUCCAGAUAGAGAUGAAGUGAACACUUGAGGUUCGAUAGCGUUGGUCUCAUUUGCCAUUUAUUGCCUUCAAAGGGAAGAAUAAGAACCAGUUCAAAAUGAUAACUUCGAUCUUGAUUAGUUUAGUAUUAAUAGUACUUUAUACUUCCCAUAAUUGCGAUUUAUGGUGCCGAGGCUCUUGCACCAGUAUAGCGAAUUCCUGUGAACAAACUUAAAAGCAGACGCAACUUGUCUCUAUCUUCUGCUUCUUUUUUUCUAAAUUUAAUUUUAACCUGUUAUUCCUGGUGAUCUUGUAAGGGGGAAAGGGCGAUGUCUGAUUUAGUAUCUUUAGCUCUUCAAAUAUUUUAGUUUUUAUUUCAGCCAUGUAGCUGAAC